AUGGGUGCCCCUUUAACAGUUGCUGUUGGUGAAGCCAAACCAGGUGAAACCGCUCCAAGAAGAAAAGCUUCUCAAAAAUUAGCUCCAGUAGAACGUCCUACUGAUUCAAAAGCAACAACAUUGCCUGAAUUCAUUGAAGAAUGUUUUACUAGAAAUGGUAAUAGAGAUGCAAUGGCUUGGAGAGAUUUAUUAGAAGUUCAUGUUGAAACCAAAAAAGUCACCAAGAUCAUUGAUGGUGAACAGAAGAAAGUUGAUAAAGAAUGGAUCUAUUAUGAAAUGGGUCCUUACAACUACAUCUCCUAUCCUAAAUUAUUACAAUUGGUUAAAAACUAUUCCAAAGGUUUAUUAGAAUUGGGUUUAUUGCCAGAUCAACAAUCCAAAUUGAUGAUUUUUGCCUCCACUUCUCACAAAUGGAUGCAAACCUUUUUGGCAUCAAGUUUCCAAGGUAUCCCAGUGGUUACUGCUUAUGAUACUUUGGGUGAAUCAGGUUUAACCCAUUCUUUGGUCCAAACCGAAUCCGACGCCAUUUUCACCGAUAAUCAAUUGUUGGGAUCAUUGAUUCGUCCGUUGGAAAAGGCUACCGCCAUCAAAUACAUUAUCCAUGGUGAAAAGAUUGAUCCAAAUGACAAGAGACAAGGCGGUAAGAUUUACCAGGAUGCUGAAAAGGCCAAGGAAAAGAUUUUACAAAUUAGACCAGAUAUCAAGUUUAUUUCCUAUAAUGAAGUUAUUGCUUUGGGUGAAAAAUCAUCCAAAGAAUUGCAUUACCCAAAACCAGAAGAUUCAAUUUGUAUCAUGUACACAUCUGGUUCCACUGGUGAUCCAAAAGGGGUUGUCAUUACCAAUCACAAUAUUGUUGCUGCUGUUGGUGGUAUUUCUACCAAUGCCACUAGAGAUUUGGUUAGACCUCUGGACAAAGUUGUUGCAUUUUUGCCAUUGGCUCAUAUUUUCGAAUUGGCUUUUGAAUUGAUUACCUUCUGGUGGGGUGCCCCAUUGGGUUACGCCAAUGUUAAAACCUUGACUGAUGCUUCUUGUAGAAACUGUCAACCUGAUUUGAUUGAAUUUAAACCAACAAUUAUGGUUGGUGUUGCUGCCGUUUGGGAAUCUGUCAGAAAGGGUGUUUUAUCUAAAUUGAAACAAGCCUCCCCAUUACAACAAAAGAUCUUUUGGGCUGCUUUUAAAGCUAAAUCUACAUUGAACCAUUUUGGAUUACCAGGUGGUGGUAUGUUUGAUGUUAUUUUCAAAAAAGUCAAGGCUGCUACUGGUGGUCAAUUGCGUUAUGUAUUGAACGGUGGUUCCCCAAUUUCUAUUGAUGCUCAAGUAUUUAUUUCCACAUUACUUGCCCCAAUGUUGUUGGGAUAUGGUUUAACUGAAACUUGUGCCAACACUACUAUUACUGAACACACACGUUUCCAAAUUGGUACUUUGGGUGCUUUGGUUGGGUCAGUUACUGCUAAAUUGGUUGAUGUUGCUGAUGCUGGUUACUUUGCCAAGAACAACCAAGGGGAAAUUUGGUUGAAAGGUGGUCCAGUUGUUAAAGAAUACUACAAGAAUGAAGAAGAAACCAAAGCCGCAUUCACUGAUGAUGGCUGGUUCAAGACUGGUGAUAUUGGUGAAUGGACUUCUGAAGGUGGUUUGAAUAUCAUUGAUCGUAAAAAGAAUUUGGUUAAAACUUUAAACGGGGAAUAUAUUGCUUUAGAAAAAUUGGAAAGUGUUUACCGUUCCAACCAUUUGGUGAUGAAUUUGUGUGUUUAUGCUGAUCAAACCAAAGUUAAACCAAUUGCUAUUGUUUUACCAAUUGAAGCCAACUUGAAGACCAUGUUGAAGGAUGAAAAGGUUGUUCCAGAUGCUGAUACUCAAGAAUUGAGUCAUUUAGUACACAACAAAAAGGUUGUUCAAGCUGUUUUGAGACACUUGCUUCAAACUGGUAAACAACAAGGAUUAAAAGGUAUUGAAUUGUUACAAAAUAUCGUUUUGUUGGAUGAAGAAUGGACUCCACAAAAUGGUUUCGUUACAUCUGCUCAAAAGUUACAAAGAAAGAAGAUUUUAGAAAGUUGUAGAAAAGAAGUUGAUGAAGCUUACAAGUCAUCUUAG